CUCGCUCUUCUCGCCCACUCUGCUCUCAGACAUCCAAAAUGGCGGCAGCGUCAUCCAUCCGGCCGCCGAGCGUCCACUCCUCUCUUGCCCGGGAGAGUGCACUUUCCCCGGGGAUGAACAGCCCCGAGAGCCAGCAGCUGGAGGAUGAAGAGGCGGCGGCGGCGGCGGCGGCAGGAGCGGGUACGGCAACGCAACCAUCGGAGCCGUGGACGAGUCUCCGUGACUUGCCCCAGCUGGAGCCGGAGGAGAUUGAGAGAAGGCUCGCUAAAACUCGCCAAGAGCUUAGCAACAGGCGGAAAAUACUCAUUAAAAACCUCCCGCCCGACACCACGAACCAGGAGGUCCACGAAAUCCUGAAAGAAUAUGAACUUAAAUACUGCUUUGUUGAUCGGAAUAAAGGAACAGCCUUUGUGACUUUGCUGAACGGGGACCAGGCUCAGGAUGCCAUCCGCUCCCUCCAUCACAGCACUGUCCGGGGACGGCUGAUCAAUGUCACCCUGCAGCCGACAGACUCUCUGCUCUGCCUCACCAACCUGCCGCACACCUUCACUGCUCAGGAGUUUGAGGAUCUAGUACGUUCUUACGGAAACAUCGAGCGCUCCUUUCUGGUGUAUAGCGACCUGACUGGCCACUCCAAGGGCUAUGGAUUCGUCGAGUACAUGAAGAAAGACUCUGCUUCGCGGGCCCGUUCUGAGUUGCUGGGAAGACCAAUGGGGGAUCGAUCAUUGAUGGUGCAAUGGAUGGACGUCAAUCAACUGUGCCAGGAAGAGAACCUGCACUCCAAAUGUGUGUGUGUGGACAGGCUUCCUCUUGACCUCUGUGACUCUGAAGAGAUGACCCAAAUCUUCUCAGAGACCUACAAACCUGUCUUCUGUCAACUUGCCCAGGAUGAGGGAAGUCCAGUGCGAGGAUUCGGGGUGGUGGAGUACGAGUGUGCAGAGCAGGCAGAGUUGGUGCUGACUGAAAUGGACAGAAAAUUGGUGGGAGGACAGGAGGUCCGUCUGUCUCUCUGCACCCCUGGCACCUCAGGGAGAAGCACCCUGGCUGCACUUAUUGCCGCCCAGGGUAUGAUUCUAAGUAACAGGAAAGGCCUGCUGCCUGAACCGAACCUAGCUCAACUGUUGACCAGUAUGACAAACCCGGCAGCCUUGCAGAUUCUCAUGAGACCUUAUCACAGUGGGAAACGGGGAGGGAAGUAUGGCCGGCACACGAACCUCCCGUUCCUCAGACCACCGCUCACCGCUGCUCUUCUUACACUUGGAAAAGCUCAUCAGAGUACCAUGUUUGGUAAUGGACUCGUUCUUCAGAACCUCCUGCACAUGCAGCUUGCCCAGCAGCAGCUUUUACACAUUAAAGACAAGUGCAUCAGCAGUGCCUCGAGUCUCCUGGGAGAUCCAUCCAGGUUACUGAUGCAGAAAACAUUACCUCUGAGGGCUCCAGGCCUCAUAGCACUUGGGAAAGGCCUUCUGGGAGACUCCCCUUCAGUGCCGGAGUUUUGCCAUGAGUCUGUACCAGCAUCAACUCACAAUGCCACUGUAGUGGUGUCAGCAGCAGGUGUGAUGCCUUACCUCCAACCUCGACCCGGUGGAGGAGAACAAAACAGCAUCCAGUCCAUCUGCACAGUUUCCGCUGCCUCCUCUUCCUCGGUCCCAUCUUGUUCCCCCUCCUCCAGCUCUGGUGAUAGGCAGGCUGUCCCUCCAGGGAAUAUGAUUCAGGGACAGAGCUACUCUUUGGGGCCGAAUAACACGGGCCUGUGUGCCGCUCCACCCAACCCCCCAGGGGGCGUUUAUACAUCCACGGGGCAUCACAACAGUUCAGAUGGCUCCCCACUUGCAAACAUGGUGAGCAACGGUCAAAGUUCUCUGCUUGGUGAGCCUCCCAAAGAUGUCAGACUGCCUUCUAAUCCGUACCUGAAUCUAGCAAGUGUAAUGCCAGGGGUUGUUCUGCAAGGGUCACUAGGCAGUAAAACCCUGACAGGACAGCCUGCUUCCAGCAUGUACGGCAGCUCAGCGACCCCUGUUGUCUCCCAGAGUAGUGGCUCCUUCUCCCACAAUGCAGCUGCUUCAACCACCACCUCAUACAACACUGACACGUCCUCUGAUUACAACCAUUACAACCAGGCAUACACCCAGUGGUACCAGCACUACCAAACAGCACAAGGCUACCACUCUGGAACACCACAGGACAACUCAGCCGUUGAUUACGCAAAGGACCACUCACAGGUUCCACCAGUUUCUUCCUAUAGUGAUUACAAUUCCUACAUGCAGACAGUCACUCAGUACUACUCACAGCCUACAGCUACUCAGGCCUAUGCCAGCAAGGAGGCAGAUGUGUGUAAGCCUCUCGGCGUGGCUCUUCAUGCCGUCAACAGUGGCGUGGCCGCGCCCCCGCCUGUCCUACCAACUGCUGCCGUGCUGCCAGCCUACAGCACCCUGCCUCUGAUGCCUGGUUUCCUUGGGGCACCGCACCCAAUGACGGCUACGCCGAGUCCCGUUACACAUGCGCAAGCUGCCGCAACAGAUUGGAACACCUAUUAUUAUAACCAGACACGGGGCCACAAGAGGGAGUACCCCCAGUUGGCGGUACAGGAAGUGGCAUCAUCCGACGGCGGCUACAUCGGGCAGCACUCCCAAGGUCUUGGAGGGCAGUAUGCUGAUUAUUUCAAGAGGAAGAGGCUGUAGAGUGACAUGCUCACUGAGAGCUCUCAGCUCCUUGAAGUGGCUGGAUCUUCAACUUGGUUCAGUAUUACAAUAGAUGCGAGCCCUCGGUUCAUGACAGUAUAAUGUCAACUUAAUGUAACUCAGAUUUGUAAGUACGCUGGAACACACCUUUGGCAAUCACAAACCUACGCUAAUGCUGUUGUCAUAUUGAUGUAAAUGUUUGUAUUUAAAAAAAAAAAAAACACACUUCUAGGCCAGUGAUAUAAAAAAAUCAAAAACAUGAAGUAGGACAGUAACUUAGCGUAGUUGCUUGUGGUGCGUGAUGACAUAACAUUUUUUUCACUUCGCUACAUUAACUAGUUGAUAACGUGCGCUUGGUAAACUUAACUGGGUUGAUAAACCUAAAGGGAAGCACCGAUAGAAAGACAUGUAGUUCUUAAAAGAUAAAUGCUAGUACGAGUUAUAAUAAUUUAUAUUUAAACCCCUCUUAAUAUUUUCGUUUUAAUAAAAUGUGUAAGAUUAGUUUAACUAGUAGGUCGCCAUUGUUGUUGACAAUGCAAUGCACUCUGGGUGGUCGCGACCCUGGACCACGCUGCCGGGCUUCCACAGUGUCACUCUUAACUACAUAUACAUGUCGUCAGGUCUGCCCUUCCAAUUUGAACCCAAGUGGAAAAUUAAUGAGUAGGACAGCCCUGUUCACAAAACGAGUAGCAAAAGCAAAAUUAACAGGAAAGACGGGAUGAGACGAGAGUAGCAUUCAUGUGUCAAGUUCGCUAGUGACAGCACUCUCAUGCUCUAUUGACAGAGCUGGAGAGUGUUAUUAUGGAGAAAGUUAGCAUCCAAAGCUAUCAUGUGAUUUACAUAUGGUUAGGUUAUACAGUGAAACAUAGCAGUUUGAUUAUUUUUGCAGAUAGUCCGUGCAUAGCACACGAAAACGUUGAUGCAAUUUGCCACUACUGAGAUGGCUAAGUGACAAGAGAAUGCUGCCUGACGUUACACUUGUCACAUAAAAGCGCUGUCAAGAUUGAUGAUCAUCUUACCGGUCGGUGUUCUCAGAUAUAUCAGACUUAUCAGAUGUUGCUCCCGAAGCUGGCUUGGCGGUGAAUAAGCGGCAGGGAAAACAAAUGAAUAAAUGUAAUAAACUUAGUUUGAUUGCUGGCCAUUCUUAUCAUUUUGUGCCCAACAGAUUAUAAUGAUGCCUUAUUUUGCACAUUGAAGUAUAAGAGGACUGUCGUGUACUUUAUUUGCACGUGAGACACAUUGUGAGCAAACGUGAUUCUCCUUUUAUUCUACUCCGCAUUAAGGGAGCGUUCAAGGCCACACUUUUAGCAACAUAAACGAACACCCCAAGAACCAUGCGUAAACAAAUAAUGGACUCAAAUACCUGCACAUGGUAGAGGAUUCCAAAAAAUAGGGCGGCAGACAAAUGAAAAAAACGAAGGCUAAGAUGCAACUCACAACAAAUGGGCCAAGAAUACAAACUGUUAAAUGGCAGCAAUAUUAAAUGGUCAAAAUACCUCGAGUGUAACUUUUAUAUAAAAUUGCCAUUAUCAAAAAAUAGGGACCUUCAAAAAAAAUAAUGUUGUGAUGACUCAUUGACGUAUUCAAAGCUCUAAUUCGGCCAUAUGAAAUACUCCACUUUGAAUUUUUUUUUUAAUGAUAUAUACAGCAUAGUUAAUUUUGCUAUUAGCAUAGAACAGCUGUUACUGUCCAUAGAGGGCAUCCAAAAAAAAAAAACAAAAAAAAAAAAGCAUAUAUGUACGCGUAGCUGAGGUCCCCCUGAACAUUUUGAGUCACUGGAAGUAAAAAAAAAAAAAAAUUCGGAAAUGACAAAGUUACAACAUCGCAAAAGCGUGGACAUUAAAUGGUCAAAAUACCUCGAGUGUAGAUAAAAUUAUUUCUAACCCCAAGGGUUAAAGACACUGCUGAUGAGCUGGAAUUGGAUUCAGGUACGACGUUGCGAACUCGUCCCACGGCUCUGUAACAAAACAAUCUGACCAUCAGCAGAAUGUGACAAAAUCUUGUCAGCCGUCAUCCUAGCUUUGCUUGCUAGUGAGCACAGCUAUUCUCCCAGUCCAUCCCAACCACGUCAUCACCCCCAGCGUGCAUUGCGUGCGUAAAACAUGGCGCCUUCUGGAGGUCAAAUAAUGUACUAAAUAUCAGAUUUUUUUAUCAACGGCAAUAAUAUGUUUCUAAUAACAUAUUUUAGUAAAAGAGAACAAUUGUGGCUUAUAAGAGCCUACAAGUCUUGGACCGAGGUUCCCUUUAACUGUCAUACCUGUUAUAAAUCAAGCCGUGUGUACAGACAGUGAGAAAGUUGUAAUAAUCUACAAGAACCUGCCACAAGAUGGUGAGUAAGCACCACCUUGGCCUGAGCAUUGCAAAAAGGGCAAUGUUUCAGUGAAAAUGGAAGCAGGUUUCUCCCAAAUUCCACAAGUAGGUGAAUUUGUGACAACCGAACCGCAAAAAUGCAGAGGUUCACUGUGCACACGAAUAUAAAAGUGUUUCAUCUAGUUCAAGCCUUAACUCUCUUCAAUUUGUCUUUUUUUCCUCAAUGAAUGUGUCAACCACACUAAUAUUACCUUUUACUAAAGUGAUAUAAACUUGUGUAUACGUGUGUGUAUAGGCUGUAAUCCAGCCUGCAAAAAAACUGGCCAAACUAACAACUAAAUGACUGUCCAGCAACGGUUUGUCUUUUUUUUCCUUCUACUGCGCCAUAUGUAUCUCUUUUUUACAUGGACAGCUGUUACGUGUGCCUCUUUGUGUAUUUGUGUUGAAAUUAAUCAGUGUGCCUAAACUGUAUCCUUAGGAAGUGUCAGCCAUUUUGAAAUCCCAAUACUGGGAGGACAUCAAAAAACAGGGCGUGGACCAGCAAAAGUCCUGUUAACAUUCAAGAGCUUCAUGAAACAGGACACAAGUGAGUACACUUGUGUACUGUACUGUGUAUAUUAGCAUAUACUUGUGCACUGUAUAUAUUAGCGUAAGCCGUGUGUGAUACACAGCUCUAUUGUGCGCACAAUGUACCACAAAAUGAUAAUACUGAUUUCAAAUCCAGUUUGCUGUAUAUUUGUAACAUGUUUUGUUUAAUUCCCUGUUUUUUUUUUUUUUUUUUUUUUUUUGUAAUGUACGGGGUUAGGUUUAAGGUUCUUUAUCGGUUAUAUAUGGAUGCUUCGAUUUGUUUUUCUAAAAUAAUCAAGCCUGUUUGGAGAUGGUAAACCUUGUGGAUUUAAAAUACUUUCCAGUCUAUUCUUUUUAAAAAUCAAACUAAUUUGUUCAAAAGUUUGGUGUCGCUUUGAAGCCUGUUACAGAUAGUUUUGUUCAAAAUUAUUCAACCUCCACAAUGGAUAAGUGUUUUUUCAAGUAUGACAUUCAUUUUUAAUCUUGUUUAUCAUCACAUCAAAUAAUGACAAAUGUCAAAUAGACAAAUACAACUGAAAUAACAAAAAUAUAUUUGGGAAUAUUCCAAUGAAUGGCCUUUCUGUGAUUACCUAAUUGACAAAAUUAUUCAAUCCCCAAAGUUCACCACUCUUAAGAAUAACGGUUUCCAUCAGGUGUUGUCAAACAGUUUAGCAAUUACCGUAUUGGCCCGAAUAUAAGACGGCCCUGAUUAUAAGACGACCCCCUCUUUUUCAGGACUCAAGUUUGAAAAAAGACAUUUUGAACACCAAAUUAAUUUUUACACAGAAAAUAAUUACAGUACAACCGAAACAAACGAUUAUAACAAUAUAUUUGAGAGAAAAAGCAUGUUAUUUUGCCUCAUUCAAAUCUUAAUAUUUGAACAUUUAAAUAUGUUAACUAAAGUGCAAUCACAUUCGUAAAUGAAUGGCUUCUGGUUUUUGAAAUGUAAAUAAACCAAUCUAUUGUGAUAAAACAACAAAAUUGCAAUAACUGCAUUAACCAUCAAAGUGAAGUCUAACUGUAACUGUAGUCUUGAAACAAAUCUGAAUAAGGAAAAACAUUGCAAUAAAAUAAUGCAAAGUGGUUAAACUUGAGAGUAGUAUGAUAUCUGGCGCCAUCUAGCGUCGUGACUGGGGAGAAGAGCUGAGCUCUGUCAAGACAAAACAUCGCUUCAAUGAUAUCUGGCACCAUCUAGCGUCGUGAAUGGGUAUAAUGUCUAGACCGCGAAUAUAAGACUACCCCCUCUUUUUCAGUCUUAUUUCAAUGCAAAAAACACCGUCUUAUAUUCGGGCCAAUACGGUAAUGACUUUCUUUGAAUUUCUUUACAACAUGUUGAAGUCCAAGGAAUGGUAAAAAAAGUUCAGAGAGGAGGUUAUUUCAUUUCAUAAGCAAGGAUAUGGAUAUAAAAAGAUAGCAAAAGGACUAUUUCAAGAGACACAAUUGGGCGCAUAGUCAGCAAAUUCAAAGCACAGUGCCAACGCUACCUGGGCGUGGUAGAAAGAGUUUACUGUCUGCAAUUGCUGUGCAAUACCUGAAGCGAAAGGUGGAGAAAAAUCCCCGGGUGACGGCUGAGGAACUACGACAGGACAUGUCAUAGGAAAGUAUUCAGGUUUCACCUUAGACAGUUAGACGCACACUUCUAAAUGAUGGCUUGGAUGAUGCAAGAACUCCCAGGCGCACCCCCCUGCUGACUCCAAAGCAAAAGAAGUAUGCCAAAAACAGCGUGGACAAACCUCAAAGGUUUUGGGAUACUGUUCUCUGGAUUGAUGAGACCAAACUGGAACUUCUUGGGCCAAUGGAUCAACGGUACGUGUGAAGGAAAAAGAAUGAUGCCCAUAAGGAAAAGAACACCCUGUCUACUGUGAAGCACAGUGGGGGCUCAGUCAUGCUCUGGGGUUGUUUUGCUUCUUCAGGUACAGGAAAUUUUCGGCAUGUGCAAGGUAUUAUGACUUCAGUUCAAUACCAGAAGAUCUUGGAUGCAAAUGUCAUGCAGUCAACAGGACAAUGAUCUUAAGAGUACCUCAACGUCUACCACAUCUUAGUUGCAAAAGAAGUGCUGAAAGAUUCUGUAGAGGCCAUCGCCAUCACCAGACAUAAAUCCCAUUUAAAAUCUCUGGUGGUACUUGAAGAAGGCAGUUGCAGCACGCUAGCCCAAAAAUGUUAAUGAACUGGAGGCCUUUGCCCAUGACAAAUGGGCAAAGAUACCUGUGGAUCGCUGCAAGAAACUUGUGUCAAGCUAUGCUUCACGUCUAAAGGAUGUUAUUGUUGCAAAGGACGUUGUACUAAGUACUUAAGUUAUCUAAGGGAUUGAAUGAUUUUCUCAAUGAAGUAAUCACAGAAAGGCCAUAAAUUGGAAUAUUCCCAAACAUAUUUUGGUUAUUUCAGUUGUAUUUGUCUAGUUGACAUGUCAUUAUUUAAUGUGAUUAUAAACAAGAUGAAAAAUAAAUGUGAAACCUGCAAAAACAGUUAUCUACUGUGGGGGAUGAAUAAUUUUGAACACAACUAUAAGUGUAUCGACUGCUACAGUAUUAUAUUCUUGAUUUGUAUCACAUUUAAUUAAAAUGUUAACAGUCGCACAGAUGCUUUGGACUAGCAUUAUUUGCACCAGUUUGUGCAUACACAAUUAGUCAACAGCGGUUCUUCCAUAGUGCGUUUGGGGGUAAAAAAAAAAAUAGUUGCGUGGGUGUGUGUAACAUUCUUCCACAUAUUAUAUGUCUGGAUGGAACACAAGAUUGAUUGAAAAUUUCUGCAAUAAGAGCUUUGUCAGGUUUGAUUGGUGUCAACGCUCACUUUACAAUAAUCUUGUACAGAAGCACAGAAGAGUGUGAAUCUGUCAUAUUUAGAACAAAAGCAAUGUCAGACAAAUGUUUUUCUUACUCUUGUCAAUACUGUAACUGUUUUUGUGUAAAAACACUUUGUCUAACUUUAUCUUAUUAUCAAUGAGGGCUUGCUACUUUAGUAUUACGGCUUGUUUUGGCAAUAACUAAGGCUUUGCUGCUGUUGAAUGUUGAAUGUACUUUAAUAUUUAUUCUUUUAGUCAGCUUUAUAAUAAUCCUACCAAGGACUAUUUGGGCCACACUGAAAAUACAUGACAAAAUAUGAAUAUAAUGUAUAGAAAUAUGAGAUAAGCUCUUAUUGUUGUGAGAAUAAAGUCAAUUUCUAAAAGUGGCACUAAAGUUUUAUUUAUUUAUUUUUUAAAUAAUUUUUUUGUAACCUUGGGUGCCAAUUUAUCAGGUUGUCACAACAAUUUGCAUUGAAAAUGCCCAGAAUGUCAUUUCCUAAAGCCAUCUGUCUUUUUUCUUAGCCCUUCUGCAAAACCUUAUUGCAGUUUACUGAAUCAUAUUCUUUGCUCUAAUUGGCCGCCAGUGAAGCGGGUGUGUUGGUUGGAAGCUCAUGGCCGUUGGCAAUGCGCAGUGAUUUUGACACCUAGUGGAGACAAUUUUUCAAUUACACCAAGCUUCGCUAUUUCACAAUUAUACAAAAAUAUAAUAUUCACUCAAUUCACACUCCCGCUUCAGCAAGGUUCCGUGCAUGCAGAGAGGUAGUUUGAUAUAGACCCUACCCACGUGACAUCACAACUCCUUCCUCCUGACUGGUGCCGCCCAAUUGUCCGUCAACACAUCAUGUUUACCUGUUACGGCUACGUACAUUCCUCCUAUUUACGACGUGUUUUUCUGCUCGUUAACAUUAAUAAUCAAAAUGGUGAAGGCGUGUGUGGCGGUCGGUUGCAAUAACAGAGAAGAUAGACGGAGAAGACGGAGAGACUUGAAGUUCUACCGGAUUCAGAGAGACCCGGAGAGAAGAGAGCGAGAUGGGCUGCUGCAAUUCGACGAGAAAACUGGGCUCCAAACGAUUACCACAGAUUAUGUAGUAGUCAUUUUAUAUCUGGUAAGAUGCAUUUAAUAUAUAUUUAGAGGGUUUGGGGCUGACAACCACAAUUAAGAUCAUUGCUAGGCUAAUCGCCGACAACAUACACGUAUGUAUGUAGUGAGAGUGCUAUCGCUAAACCAUAUAAACAUUAAAAGCCCUAACUCCAUUGACAAACGACAUGAAAUACAUUAGACUUGACAGUGGAUGUUAGCAAUAACAAAAGAUUUUGAAUUGAAAAUUUCGUAACUCACCUUUCCAAGCACAAGAUAGAUUCCUGCCGAAUUUUCGUGGACGAGGACCUGUUUCACCCAACCAGCAACGAAGUAUUUAUAAGCCUCCAAGCUCUUAAAAUUUUUCAAACUUUCGUGAGAAUAGGCUGAUUUUGUGUGGACAAGAUAGUUGUACAUAUAAGGGUAGCUAGCAGAUGUCAGGCAAAUACGGCGGAGACAGCGGGUCGAAAAACAUCGAUUUAGGCAUCAAAUAUGGAUCUGGCGAAUGGAUAAACUGAAGCUUUAUGCAACGCAUCAAGUGAGUUUACGGCAUCCGAAAGCACCGGGUCUUCCAUGAAAUGCAUUAUAAAUUGCUCGAUCAAUUGAGACCAUUGAUAAUUCAGACACAAAAUGACGGACAAGGGGGCGGAACCAUACAGCGAGCACGUGAUUUUGUGACGUCAGUGGGUAGGGUCUAUAGAGGUUAAAGGAAGAAAAGAGGGAAAGACUGACUGACUCACAGCCAGAAAGUGUUGAUGACAGUCUUGAUUUCUAUUCACUAUUCCCCCCUCCCAAUGGCGUACCACAAGCAACACGUCACUUCCGCUCAUUAAUAUUCAUGACAUUAGCUACUGUUGCUAAGUAGAUAUAAGUAAGAAGUAACAUACAUUCAGAAAAAUAAGUACAAAUGACUUAUAUCAUGCAGAGUGAAAUGGAAUAUAUUUUGAAAAUCGCGCAAACAAUGAAUUUUUCAAAUAAUAAGGAAAUGAAUAAGUAGCCUAACAUAAAUGAACAAAUAUAAGUCCAAAGUGCACAUUGACGGCUAAGAUGUUCUGAACCUUCCCAUCAGAACAAAUAAAAGUAAAUAUGAUAAAUAAGCCUCCUCAACUCUUUUGUUGCUCUUAAGAUUUGAUCGAUUUUAUGUUGAAUUCCCCUUUUUUUGUCGCAUCAAUUCAACAACCUUUUUCUUUUUGGUCCAGAAAACAUGCACAUUUGAACCAAUCAGAGCUAACUAUCUCUGUCAGCCAAUGGCGUACCGCAAGCAACACGUCACUUCCGCUCAUUAAUAUUCAUGACAUUCGCUACUGUUGCUAAGUAGGGACAAGCCACCGUUUGUCCCUAAUACGAAAUGAAUGGAAAUCGUGUACGAAGGAGAUGUUUACAGCGCUAAACCUACCAAUUCUCUCCGAAAAUGAUGUGCCUGUUGCCAAAUUGACUGGCAAAGAUGUGGAAGAACAUAAAAGUGUUCAGUUAAAGAGAUGGCUUUAGUGUCGAAGGCUGAAAAAGAUGAAAAAACGAGCCGACCUAAGCAUAGCUUUAGCUUUUUUAUCGACGCGACUGACAAUGACAUUCGCCUGUUUCAACAAGCUAUCCUUUACCAUCAGCCCUGUUUUUCUUAUAUAUCCUCUGGUUGUCCUACGUUUCUUACCGUUCUUGGGGGUAAUUUAGUUAGCUUUGUGUAGCGAUCGCAAAUGCUACUCAGUGACAGCCAACGAACACUUUUAAUUUUUUCAUUGAUAACACAUCUUAAUUCUAUAAUUUAUUUACACUUCCCCCUUACUAAAGUUUUUUUUUUUUUUUUAAUAUAUAUAACAGAAACGGUAACAGUGGCAGUCAGAUACCAUUGUAAUUCUUUUCAGGUCAUUCAUUGUCAGACAGAAGCAGUACGCUAAAAAAAUAAGUUCAAAAUAUAAAAAUUGCUUACCUCUUUGUCCUCUGAAAGACCAUGCCAACCCAACAUAAUGUUUACUGCAUAUG